CGCAGCCGCGCCGCUGAGACCGAGGGCUUACAGAAUACUGGAAAGUCUGGUCUGAAACGAAAGCGUCCGAGACCCACCCCCACAAGGAAGAGAACUGGCGAAACCAAGGAUUUUCAUGGCGCAGGCCGCAGAGCCCAGAACGAAGACGGAAGGGUGCAUUUCGGCUCUUUCAAUCGCUAACUGUCUAGGUCCCGACCAUGAGAGAUGGUGCUGAGAAUUCGGCGGUUCCCUGGUUCACUGUGGAAGCCAUCUCCAAAUUAGCGAUCACAUAUGGAAACUGGAGACCAGAAUUUUAGGAAAAGAGAUUAAAGCAUCUCACUUGGGGGGUGGAGGUGUCUUUUUAUUUCCCCCCUCCCCCCUUUUUUUAAACUCACUGCAACCGGAGCAGUUUCUGAUCCCAAAAGCCUGAUGACCAUAGCUGUGGGAACGGACUACUGGCUCUACUCCAGAGGGGUCUGCAAGACGAAAAGUGUCAGUGAGAACGAAACCAGCAAAAAGAAUGAGGAAGUUAUGACCCACUCUGGAUUAUGGAGAACGUGCUGCCUUGAAGGGAACUUCAAAGGCCUGUGCAAGCAAAUCGAUCACUUCCCAGAGGAUGCAGAUUACGAAGCUGACACAGCAGAAUAUUUCCUCCGGGCCGUGAGGGCCUCCAGCAUCUUCCCGAUCCUGAGCGUGAUUCUACUUUUCAUGGGCGGCCUUUGCAUCGCGGCCAGCGAGUUCUACAAGACUCGGCACAACAUCAUCCUGAGCGCCGGCAUCUUCUUCGUGUCUGCAGGUCUGAGUAACAUCAUUGGUAUCAUCGUGUACAUAUCUGCCAAUGCCGGUGACCCCUCUAAGAGCGACUCCAAAAAGAAUAGUUACUCCUAUGGCUGGUCCUUCUACUUCGGGGCCCUGUCCUUCAUCAUCGCCGAGAUGGUCGGGGUGCUGGCCGUACACAUGUUUAUCGACCGGCACAAACAGCUGCGGGCCACGGCCCGCGCCACGGACUACCUCCAGGCCUCGGCCAUCACCCGCAUCCCCAGCUACCGCUACCGCUACCAGCGCCGCAGCCGCUCCAGCUCGCGCUCCACCGAGCCCUCUCACUCCAGGGACGCCUCGCCCGUGGGCAUCAAGGGCUUCAACACCCUGCCGUCCACCGAGAUCUCCAUGUACACGCUCAGCAGGGACCCCCUGAAGGCCGCCACCACACCCACCGCCACCUACAACUCCGACAGGGACAACAGCUUCCUCCAGGUCCACAACUGUAUCCAGAAGGAGAGCAAGGACUCUCUCCACUCCAACACAGCCAACCGCCGGACCACGCCCGUAUGAAGACCGGCUCGGGCCAGCGGGAGGGACCCGGGGCGUGGGAGGAGGCGCGGCCCGCGGGCAGGGACAGGGCCACCCACGGGGAGACCUUCCCAAAGCAAAAAAAACACACACACAAAAACACAAAAAACAAAAAAAGAGAAAAA